AUGACACGUCAUUCAAGAAAUUCAACAGCUAAUGCUGUUUAUACAUAUCAUGAAAAACAAAAAGAUUCAUCAACUGGUGGUUAUGGUACAACACAAAUGCGUCUUAGUAAAGAUGCUAUCAAAGAAUUUGAUUGUUGUAAUUUAACAUUACAACCAUGUAUAGAUCCAGUUAUUACCAAAGAUGGCUAUUUAUUUGAUAAACAAGCUAUACUUGAAUAUAUUGUUCAUCAAAAAAAGCUUAAUGCUCGUAAAAUGCGUGAAUAUCAAAAACAACUUGAACGUAAACAACAAGAAAUUGACGAACAAAAUGCUAAUGAUGAACAAAAAAAAUUAAAUAAAUUUUUAGAAAAAGAAGCAACAUAUUCUGUUAAUCAAUCAGUUAAAACUCUUCUCUCAUCUAAACAUCAAGAUCAAACAUUAUCAUCAUUUCUUACAACACCAAAAUCAUUAUUAUCAUCAUCAAUUCCUCCAACACCAAAAUCAACACGUAUAUCAACAAAUGAUGAUAAUCAUGAUGAAACAUCAGCAACAACAACAACAUCAUCAUCAUCAUCAAAUUUAAGUAAUAUGGCAGGAAAUCAAGCAACACAAUUACCUAGUUUUUGGAUUCCAUCAUUAACACCAGCUGCAAAAAAAGCUGAAUUAAAAAAACCUGAUCAACAUGUUUAUUGUCCUAUAUCAGGCAAACCAAUAACAAUGAAAGAUUUACUUGAUGUUAAAUUUAAAUUAGCUAAUAAUGUUGAUCCAAAAAAACGACCAUUAGUAGCCGUACGUGAUCGUUAUGUUUGUGCUGUUACUGGUGAUUUACUUGGUAAUUCUGUACCUUGUGCUGUUUUACGAACAUCAGGUUAUGUUGUUACAAUGGAUUGUAUUAAUCGAUUAAUUAAAUUAGAUAUGAUUGAUCCUAUAACAGGUGAUAAAUUAACUGAUGAUGAUAUUAUUCCAAUGCAACGUGGUGGUACUGGAUAUUCUGGAUCAGGUGUACAAUUAGAUGCUAAAUUACCAACACCUGCUAUGCAAUAG